AUGCUUACCGUAUGCAAGUGUAUUCUUUUUGGUAUCGGAGUCUUUCUUGUUUUUGGCAUAAAAGAUGUGACCUCGUUCCGUACGAUAGUUCCCUAUGAAUUUACGAUUUCGGACAGUGUCCUCUCACUUUUCGUCGGUUUUGUCGUCUCUCUCUACCAGCUUACUUCAAGUCCACUGCUUUAUCAGGCUUAUUUUCCCAUUCCCACGCUUCACAAACUGCGACUUACAUUGGCUUUCCAUGGUGUAUUCCAGCUGUUCUCGUCCAUCCUAGUUUUUGUCACUAUUUCGCUCUUCUACGCGUUUCUAGAAAGCAAAUGCUCACUUAGCUUUUCGUAUCAAACGCUAUUUGUAUUUGCUAAGCAUAUGGUUCCUCAUCCAGCUUUAGCCUAUGCUGUGAUUGUUUCAUUCCUCUCAGUUUUCACAUUUUCCAUCCAAUGGUUGUAUAUGUGCAUCACCACUCAUAUAUGGGAGGAGUUUGUGAAGGUGCAUCUUCGAGAUCUUGGCUCAAUGAAGCAGCUAUGCUGUCUACAGGUAAGGCUAUUAUCAUCUGUAGGAGUAAGCAAGACCCUUUCUGAGUUCAUUAUAUUAUCAGAUGUCAGCCUUCUAGCUAAGCUAAUUUUUGCUAUCACCUAA